AAUGGUAAAACAGCUUCUAAAGCUGAAACAAGUAUAAAAAGUGCAAGUAUAUGCAAAAAUUAACUACUUAUUGAAUCCGGUCUAAACAUCUCGCAAACGCGCAUGGUUUUGCAUCUUGUGCGCAAGGUAUUUGUAUUAUCAUUGCGUGUACACAUGUGCAGCCUUUUUAUCAUCGAAGCCGGACGAAGACCAGGAAUGGCGCCAAUGCGUCGCCAUUUUCACGAAACUUUACUGUAGUUGUAACUCGUCACGAUUGUAACGAGGAGGCAAUUCCAACGGUCGUCACGCAGGAACGUCAAAAAAAUCGCGAAACACGCGAGAAUAAUGCGCUGGUCGUAAAGCCUGUUUACACGAGGGAGACUAAGCUUGUGUUGACGUAAGAAUGCAAUCUGAAAGCAUAUGCGCUAAUGACAUCGAGGGUCUGGACACGGACACUCUCAUUCCAGUGGAACUUUUUGACAAUAUUUCACAGCAUGCAAGACCGCAAGAUACGUUAUCAAUAGUGGAACUUGGCAAGAAGCUCUUGCUCAGUGCAAAGACUGGAGACAUUGAAUCUGUUCGUGAGCUCAUGUGUAGGGGUGCACCUUUUACUACAGAUUGGCUUGGUACAAGUGCGCUUCAUUUUGCAGCACAGAAUAAUCACUUAGAAGUUGCCGAGGUUUUGCUUCGAGCUGGAAUAUCCAGAGAUGCCAGAACGAAAGUUGAUAAAACUCCUUUGCACAUGGCUGCCUAUGAAGGUCACCAUGAGAUGGUACAACUAUUGCUUAAUUACGGAGCAGAUGUUGAUAGCAGAGAUAUGUUAAAAAUGACUCCGUUGCAUUGGGCGGUAGAACGUAAACAUGUAGAUGUAAUGCAUAUAUUGCUAGAUCAUGGAGCUGAUAGAACUGCAACUAGUAAAUUCAGUAAGACUCCAGUCAGCCUUGCCUUAGAAUGUGAUAGGCUAGACUUAGUGGAUAUAUUGCAACAGGAAAGAGAUAUAGUGGUAGGUAUCCAACAACCACAAAAUAAUACUACGGAAUUAGAAAUAGCUACACAUAAUUUAGUGCAUUUGGAGCCGGAAAGCAAUAGUAGAAAUUUUGAAGAACAGAAAUUUGAAAUAUCACAGCAACAUACACCUCAACAUAAACAUAAGUUGUCUCAAGUAUCAGGUGAAAGUGAACGAAAAAAGCAGAAAUUGAUGUUCCAACAAAUUCCUAUAUCGCCGAAUAAUAUAGAUGCUGAACACGAAAAAGAAUUUGAUGAUAUUGAAAUAAAUGCUGUGAACAAUAUCACCAACACUAAAAAAUACAAAGACAUCACAUCGAUAGGCAAUCUCAACAAACAUUUUAAACUGUUGGAAGGUAUCAGAAUGAUUCCUGUUGAUGAAGAAGAGUCAUCUAUUGUAGAAAAUGCGAUGGAAAGUGGAAGGACGGUAGUUUUAACAGAAGCUGGAAAACUUGCUUUAAAUUCCACAAAAGGUUCGCCAAUUAAACAUUUUCAAGUUGCCUCGCGUGGUAAAACACCAAGAAAAGUUAUAGCAAUUAGAUCAGAUCAAAUUUCUUCCAAGAUUUUAAAUCCAAAUUCGAACGCAUCCACUAUUGCAACACGAAGUCCGAAUAUAUUGAAAAGGACUGUUGAUAGGCCUGGAAAACUGUUUGUUACAACAGUUGCUAAUGCUACAACAAUAUCUGCUAUACAUAAAGUAAAAACUUCUGUUUCAUCAAAAGAGAAGCUAAUCUCUCCAAUGAAAGCUAUGCUACAACUUGAUGAUGAUAUAGAAGAAAUUACUGAAGAGGAUUCUUUUUCUGAAAACAACGAAAAACAGAUAACAGAUAUAGCGGUAUUGACUAAGCAAUUGGAAGAAGCGCGAAGACAAGCUGACGAAUAUCGCAAGCAACUACAGGAAAAAGAGAAGGAAGCAGAAAUUUAUAAACAAAAACUUAAGAAUAUCUCAGCGCAAAUAGCAUCUAAAUGAUUUUGUACAGUUGCAAGAUAUCAUAUUCACAGUUUGAAUCACAUUUAUAGAUUAUUAGCAUAUUGUUUUCGAGAUAUUUAUUACAUAUUGAUACAAUCAGCAAUCUGAUCAAAAUUCUCUAUUUCAUUGUUUUUAAUUAAAUUACUUUCCAUCAAUACGUAAUACUUUCAUAUUGCUACUAAACUAAACUCGAAUUUUUUCUAUGUAUUUACAAAUUGUUUAUGAAUGUGUGUGUGUGUGUAUAUAUUACAAACAUUUAUAAACAAUUACACAGAUAUUUUAAAACAUUAACUAUUUCUUUUAGACUAUAUAGUUGUAUAUUCUUUAAAAGAUAGAUUGUAUGGAUUAUAUAAUUAAGGCUGAGACAAACAAUCGCGUGAACUAAUGAAAUGACAAAUUUAUUAUUGACACGUGUGCACGUAUCGCGUACACAGUGUAGGUAUAUUUUAUAUAUACUUACACUUUAUAUCUCGAAUAUAUAAAUUUUACCUCUUUUGGUGAAACGGAAUUUUUUACUUUAUAUGUAUAGUAGACAUUGUUGUAGUAUUAGCAGCUGUUGUAACAAACAGUUUCCCAGAUUUAUCUGUAUAAUUUUUUUCUAAUACGAUAUAUUGAGUUUCGUUUUUAUCUAAUCCAUUACUUCUCAGAUCGAUAUUGGAUUGAGUCGCAAAUAAUUUUUUAUCACAAAAGUAAUAAAUACUUUUUUUUUUUAGUUAUUUUUGGGAUAGACAAGAGAAACUCUAAUAAUAUUCGUUAUAUAUUGAGCAAAACAAGCAACAAAUUGGAAUUCAUAUUCCAAUGCUGCUUGUUUAUGUAUAAUAUACAUAUAUAUAUUCACUUUUCUCUACUAUUCAGGAGCGAAUCUAUUCAUGUAUAUAAGUCUUAUUUUUUUGUAACAAGUAGAACUCGGAAAAAGAAUCGAGUAAGAAAUCGUGUGGAUAUUUAUCCGCCCGAUGUUUGUUGGAUUUAUAGAAUUAAUAUUCUGUAGAUAUUCGCGUGCAACGAGUGGACAGAUAUUCGAUUAUUCCAAGCACUAGUAAUAAAUGUAAAUAGAAAUUACUUUUUUAUAUGAAUAGAACAAUCAUUUUCUUUCGAUUAUUUUCUAUUUAGAUGAGACUGUUGAUUGCAUCAAUUGUUCUGACAUUUAUCUGAUGUUUUUUGUGUGUACAUGCAUGUGUAUGUGUGCGUGCGUGCGCAAUAUUAGUCACAUAUAUGUAUAUAUAUGUAUAUAUAUAUUUAAUAUAUAUACAUACAUGUAUACGUAUAUGUAUAUUAAAACGUUGCAAGAGAGAGAGAGAAGUGCACAAAAAUUAGUGUUUAUAAACCACUUAUGUAUAUAAGUACAGUAUAUAUUUUAUAUAUGUUGUACUUUUACAUGUGUAUCUCAAAACUUAAGCUUCCGCAUUGUUGUGUGGAUUAAUUACCAGAAAGAUAUUGCCAUAAAAACUAUGUGUCUGGAAAUAUAUAUAGCAUGUAUAUAUAAAUUAUAUGA